AUGUCGGUGAAUUUGGAAAAAGAUUUCAAACAUCUCAAGUGUUUACUCCUGCAAAAAGACAUUCUGGCUGCAAUGAGCUGCACCAAAAUGAUGAAGCUGUCUUUCGCUUCUUUCUUAUUCCUGCUGGAUGUUAUUUCUUGUCAGGAAAGUUGUCUCAGAAUGGAAGCAAAGUACAUCGCUGGUUUUAUUGGCAAUAAUGUGAGCGUGAUGUUUCAUCUAAAUGAGACAUGCGGACAAGAAGUUAUAAUCUCGAGCAAUGGUGUGCAUUUCUGUCGUAUUAAACCUUCAAACACGCCCAUAGUGGGUAACAACUGCAAUCGUUCUGGAAAUGGAUGGAUUUUAUUUUCGACGAAAUUCUACAAACAGGGCGAACAUGUCUUUCAAUGGGGAUUGGAAAAAGACGGGACAGUGAUAUAUCAUACAAAUGUCACCUUUAACAUUUCCUCAACGAAAAACAAAUCAACGUGUGGGAUCCGUCGUCUGGACGCAUUUGACAUGAUGCUGACCUGCUACUUCCACGACAACAUUAGUGCUCUCCAGAUAGACUUCACUGUGCAUCUCUAUAAAGGAAAGCAGCAAAGACCAAGGGUGGUGGUAUGGUGCAGCUGGACUCCGAAGUUCUUAUGUUACGUGGCGCCUUGGUACAAGUACGAGAACGACAUAAAUGUUCACCAUGAUCACACCAAUGUCCGGAUACUACACGCUAACACCGAGCAUGUAGGGACAUACACCUGUAAGGUUAUGGACGAUAGAGAUUCUGGAAAUUGCAGUCUUACCGAGGAACAAAUUCCACAGACUUUUCCGUCAAUCGUUCCGUACACAGAGCUGACCUCUAAGACUAAUAACGGUACGUUUUAA